CAACAAAGUCCUUCGCCUAGAAGGGCCGGAAGUACUUCAGGGCGCUCACCGACCGCCGCCCCUCCGCUUCCGGCAUCGGCGGUGCGGAGUCCCUGCUGCAGUUCUCUGUGUCCGGUCGGUAGGAUGGCGCCGGGCCGAUGCGGUCAUAGCACUGAGAGCAGACGGGCGCCAGGCCCUUCCACCGUCCCCCGAAGUUUAUCCCCAGUGGCGGGCGAUGGGGGAGGCCGAGCUUUCUGUUUCGUCUGCGUUCCCUGCUCCUUCGCAUCACAGAGGCGUGCGCCUCUGUCUUUCUAGGUCUCCCGCCCUGUUCCCGAGUGCCUGCUAGAGCGUCUUCUCACCGUUUUCUGUCACCCAGGGGCCCGGGGCGGGUAAGGGCGGGGAGAGGGAUAGAAAGGGAUGUAGCGUGACCGCGGAUGGAACUCGCGAGCUUGGGUGGCUCGCAGCACCGGAAGUGUUGGGGGGACGGAAAUGAGGGGGCGGAGCCAGGAAGUGAGGAGGGGCGGGGGUUUAUGAGGAGGCCAAGGGAGCUUUGGGGUAGAUUUGCACUCAGGGCCACCUGAGGGACUUGGGGGUAGCGCUCAGCUGUAUCCCCUCCCCUCUCAGGGACACGGUUGUUGUCUGGGAGUAGGGAACUCUGUGCGGAGGGGUGGGUUGUCGGGAGGACAUUUCUCUGGCUGCGCUUGAGGCAAGGUGUAUAGAGGCAGGGCUGGGGGUGGGGCUGGGUCGUCAGGGCGUCUGAGAGGGAAGACCCCCCCCCCGCCCCCCAGCUCCCCACCGCCCGUCUACACUGGCUGACUGGACACUAAGAUGGCUGCCGUUGCCAUGGCACCCAACCCUGUGCAGACCCUUCAGGAGGAGGCGGUGUGCGCCAUCUGCCUCGAUUACUUCACGGACCCUGUGUCCAUCGGCUGCGGGCACAACUUCUGCCGAGUGUGUGUAACCCAGCUGUGGGGAGGGGAGGAUGAAGAGGACAGGGACGAGUUAGACCGGGAGGAAGAGGAGGAGGACGGAGAGGAGGAGGAAGUGGAGGCUGUGGGGGCCGGUGGGGGGUGGGACACCCCCAUGCGGGAUGAAGACUAUGAGGGCGACAUGGAGGAGGAAGUCGAGGAGGAAGAGGAGGGUGUGUUCUGGACCAGUGGCAUGGGCGGGUCCAACUGGGAAAACAUGGACUACGUGUGGGAGGAGGAGGACGAGGAGGAAGACCUGGACUACUACUUGGGGAACGUGGAGGGGGACCUGAGGGGGGAGGAUGAGGAGGAUGAGGAGGAAGUGCUGGAGGAGGACGAGGAAGAGGAGCUAGAUCCCGUCACCCCACUGCCCCCGCCUCCAGCCCCUCGGAGGUGCUUCACCUGCCCGCAGUGCCGCAAGAGCUUUCCCAGGCGGAGCUUCCGCCCCAACCUGCAGCUGGCUAACAUGGUCCAGGUGAUUCGGCAGAUGCACCCAACCCCUGGUCGAGGGAGCCGUGGGAACGAGCAGGGCAUUUGUCCCAAACACCAAGAAGCCCUGAAGCUCUUUUGCGAGGUGGAUGAAGAAGCCAUCUGUGUGGUGUGCCGAGAAUCCAGGAGCCACAAACAGCACAGCGUGGUGCCACUGGAGGAGGUGGUGCAGGAGUACAAGGCCAAACUGCAGGGGCAUGUGGAACCACUGAGGAAGCACUUGGAGGCUGUGCAGAAGAUGAAGGCCAAGGAGGAGAGGCGGGUGACAGAGUUGAAGGUGGUAUCCACCAUCCCCUUUGCAUCAUCCCAGAGCCAGAUGAAGUCAGAGCUGGCAGCUGUGGCCUCAGAAUUUGGGCGGCUGACACGGUUUCUGGCCGAAGAGCAGGCAGGGCUAGAGCGGCGCCUCCGAGAGAUGCACGAAGCUCAGCUGGGGCGCGCGGGAGCAGCGGCCAGCCGCCUCUCGGAGCAGGCUGCCCAGCUGAGCCGCCUGCUGGCUGAGGCCCAGGAGCGGAGCCAGCAGGGGGGCCUGCGGCUGCUCCAGGACAUCAAGGAGACUUUCAAUAGGUGUGAAGAGGUACAGCUGCAGCCCCCAGAGGUCUGGUCCCCUGACCCGUGUCAACCCCAUAGCCAUGACUUCCUGACAGACGCCAUCGUGAGGAAAAUGAGCCGGAUGUUCUGUCAGGCUGCCCGAGUGGACCUGACGCUGGACCCUGACACGGCUCACCCGGCCCUGAUGCUGUCCCCUGACCGCCGGGGGGUCCGCCUGGCAGAGCGGCGGCAAGAGGUUGCUGACCAUUCCAAGCGCUUCUCGGCAGACUGCUGCGUGCUGGGGGCCCAGGGCUUCCGCUCUGGCCGGCACUACUGGGAGGUAGAGGUGGGCGGGCGGCGGGGCUGGGCAGUGGGUGCUGCCCGUGAAUCAACCCAUCAUAAGGAGAAGGUGGGCUCUGGGGGGUCCUCUGUGGGCAGCGGUGAUGCCAGCUCCUCCUCUCGCCAUCACCACCGCCGCCGCCGGCUCCACCUGCCCCAGCAGCCCCUGCUCCAGCGGGAAGUGUGGUGUGUGGGCACCAAUGGCAAACGCUACCAGGCACAGAGCUCAACGGAGCAGACACUGCUGAGCCCAAGUGAGAAACCAAGGCGCUUUGGUGUGUACCUGGACUAUGAGGCCGGGCGCCUGGGCUUCUACAAUGCAGAGACUCUGGCUCAUGUGCACACCUUUUCGGCUGCCUUCCUGGGCGAGCGUGUCUUCCCUUUCUUCCGGGUGCUCUCCAAGGGUACCCGUAUCAAGCUCUGCCCUUGAUCAACCUGCCACCCGCAGGGGCCCCUCUGGUUAGCACUGGGGGGCGGGUGGUGGUGGAAAGUAGCCCAUAAAUUUGGGAGCUCAAAGGCUCCUCUAUUUGUUACUGCGUUGCUUCCGGCUCCUCCUUGACCCCAGGCCCCUGCUUCUCCCUUAGGAGCCUGAUGAACUCCUCUAGCCUCCAGCUCAGUCUUCUCACCUACUAUGUUUGUCCAACAGGUCUGCAUGGGUCCCUGAUGAGAACAGUUGCCUGGUCUUCUCUCCCUCCCUCUGCCCAGGGAUCUGAGUUUUUGAGUAGGGGAUGAGGGGAGAUUGUAAUCUCAUUAUAAACUUCCCUUUCCCCAUCCCUGUUCAACUUUCAUGUCAGUUCUGAGACUGGAGGAUUUGGGCAAGACUCAUGACAGCCCUCAUUUCCAAUUCCAUUUUCUGAUGCAAAUUUUAGCUAAGGGAUUUGGAAGCUUUUUUGGGGGAAGCAGGCUGGGAAAAGGGUAGACCUGGAUAAUGAACAGUCUACUCUCUGGGGGAAGUACGAAGGAUUCUAAUUUUUCUUCCAUCCCCAAUUUCUACCUCCAUAGACUGGCCAGAAUUUAGCUUCAGUGAGAUCUGGAAUGGUCGACAUGAUCAAAACUCCGUACAUCACAUCACCCAAUAAAUUAUUCCUCGCCCCCUUCCUUUUUUUCAGCACUUAAUCUAGGAGCAAAGCUCCUCCCCUCCCCAAACCGUCAGGUCUUUUCACUGCCAGGCUCCUUUCCCUUUUGUUCAGUGGAGUUCCUUUUGUCAGGGUUCCAGCCUCUCUUCUUUGCUUAGUUCCCUCCAUUUGGUGAGCCCUGGAGGGGAGCCUGGGGACAGGGAUUUGAAUCCCUGGGAGGAGAGCCUUGGGCAGAAUCUAUUUUUCUAGUAACCCUUUGCCUUCUGUCACUUAUUAGCUUUUGUCCUCUGCUUUGAUGGCUGGGGUCAAUUUAUGCUCCUGGGGGAAAGGGAAGAUGGGUUGUGUUGCGGAAAUAAAAAGUUUAUUUGCUGCU